AUGCGGCUCUUGGCAGCCAUCUCCCCCUUCAUCACUCUUUCCGGUUUACUACAACUAUCACACCUCACUCAGUCGGUUUAUGCGCUACACGAAUCGGACGUCGGCGUCGUUGACUGGCAUAAACAUCUUAUCGGUGUACCUCACUCGAAUGCACCUGUCACCGCACCUUCCUUUGUGGAUGUCAAUCUCGACGAGACGGAAAAGGGCACUGCAAUCGGGGUGAAUGGAACGAAGACUGUAAUCGUCACUACAACCGGAAAUAAUGUCCUUGCAGUGCUCGACCCGGAAGACGGCGCUGUCCUAUGGAGGCACAUAUUCGACGCGGAAGACCGGGUAGCGGGAUACUACAAGAGCAGCACCACACUCGCGACACUAUCCGGACCCGGUGGUUCAACACUGCGCACUUUCUCCCUACUCACUGGCUCUCUCCUCCUUGAAAAGAGGCUACACCACCCAGCUAAUGGCGCGCUCUUGGAACCAGCACAUCUCGGAAAACAGGUUGUGUUCAGUCGUGAAGGAAAUGAUUCUAAUGGAAAUCAGAAAGAUGUAUUGUACGUCCUCACCAAUGGCUGCGAAGUACGAAAGCUCGACGCGCAGAGCGGGAAGGAGAUGUGGGCAUGGAAGUCGCCUGAUCAGGGAUCCUUGACAAUCUACUCCGACAUCCUCAUCUCCCCGUCCUCCCAGCAUAUACACUUGAUAGGCCUCUCAUCAUCCACAGCCUCAUUUACACUUCACACCACCGCCCUCUCAAUCUCCUCCGGAGAAGUUAUCGAGAACCUCAGCGGAGGCGUGCCAAGCUCAAUAUCAGACCCUCUCACUCAAUUUUUCGUCGUCCGUGCCAGCGCAACAUCCAAAGAUACCGGGAAACCGGUGAUUCUAUGGUUAUCGAAAUCCACACUGUAUUACCUCCCCCUCCCUUCAACCUCCUCCAGCAAGCAAUUCAAACCCCGCCCACAGGCUCUCAAGAACUCGGGUUCUGCGGGAUUGGAGAAACUUGUCGACGUCGGGUUAGGUAAAGAAGGUCAUGUUGUGGUGGGGAGGAGUGAUGGCAGUUCGUUGGUUCUGAGAGUCGCGGAACAGGGUGAAGAAGAAGUUGUUGCGGAGAGUGUGUGGGAAUUUGAGGGAUCGGCGACAACUUCAACACAAGCUGAGUCUAUGUACGCCGGUGGUCUGGACGCGCGCGGUGCACCCGCUGUGGGAAGGGUGUGGUGGGAUCAUGCUGUUCAGAAAGCGUCAGCAGACGUAUACACCGUCCAAUCCGAGGCGUCCACACAGCAAGCGCCACGUCCUUUUGCGUUUGCGUUUGAUACCCAAUCCCAUGGUGUAUUGAGCCACGUCGCCCUCGACGGUCCGCGCGAUGCAUCGUCUACGCACGCCAGGGUCCUCAUUACCACCACCACUGGUGCCGUACAGCUUUGGUCUGCGCCCUCUUCUUUAGAAUUGGAACCUGUGUUGCAUUGGACGCGUGAGGAGGGCCUAGCUGCUACGGUCGUCGCUGAGUUUGUUGAGCUACCGGAGGGAGGAAAAGGCGCUGAUAUAAUCGCGAGGGAGAGCGAGGAAGGGUUCCCAGGGAGGUUGAGUAGGCAGAUUGUUGACGCGCAGGGUUUCCCAAAUUAUGUCGUAAACUUCAUCAAACGAUUCACUUCCUCUCCAGCUCCAGCCGCUGCCACCGUCGUUAUCGACUACCGCGCGCUCUCCAACGCCGCAACACCUCCAUCAAACGAUUCCACUACCACUUUAGCCCGCGACGCGUUUGGCCACCGGCAAUUGAUCAUCACUGCUACCCUAUUCGGAAAGGUAUAUGCUAUCGAUACUUCGACAGGCGCUAUUGUUUGGAGCAGAGUGCUCGGGAUGGGAUGGGUCGGUCGAGCGGGUAUGGGUGGGAGAGUGAUUCCGGUGAAGUUGUUUGUGAUCAGGGCUGUUGGAGAUGAGGCUGUCACGAGUGAGGGCGACGCCGGAGAUGUAAAGGGAGACCCGGAGGUCGUGCUUGUUGGGCAAAGGAGGGCAGAUAAUUCCCUUGUUGACACUGUUAUAUUCCAUAUAAAUGCGCUCACAGGCGAAGAUGUGCUCCCUUCCUCGAAGAAGAGUGCUUCGGAUAUCUUGGCUGAGCUUGGGGUCGAAUCUGAAGGCGAAAGUGAAGAGGCCGAGAAAGAGAAAGAGAAGGAGGAGGAGAAAAAAGACGAUCAAGAUAAUGGAGGCAUUCUUGAAGGACAGGAUAUCGUUGCUGGACCAGUGGUCGAAGUGUACAUACUGAAUGCGGAGGGAAGAAAGAUUAUCGUACUAUUGGACGAGUUUUUGCAGGCAUACAUCUAUCCCUCUAACCCAACCGCUGAGUCUGUGUUCGCUCGCGCCCUCCCAAGUCUAUCUUUCCCACUUCGCGCACACGUCGAGUCGCGGCACCGUAUCGUCGGUCACAAGCUCGGGCUUCCACCAAAAGACCAGUCCCACUUCAAGCCAACCGCAUACCCAACAUGGGCAAUUUCUCUCCCAGCGGGCGAAGAGAUUCAGGCCCUCCUCCCACAGGCACCGACGAUGGGCCACGCCAAGGGCUCGGGCGUCGCGAGCGUAGGCAAAGUGUUGGGAUCGCGCAAGACCCUGUACAAGUAUUUGGACGAACGACUAUUCGUGGUCAAGACUGUGGCGAGGAAGAACAAGGUCGACGAGGAAGGUAAUGCCAAAACGGAUGUCAUGUGUGGUAUAUAUGUCGUGGAUAGUGCGAAGGGUACCAUUGUGUACCAUGCGGAAGUAAAAGCUUCGCCUCCCGUGCCAUCGUCGGACGCACCGGGCACACCGGGUGCGGGCGCAGGCACUGUGAGAGGGGGAGGUUGUGAUAUCAAAACGAACCUCGUGGAGAAUUGGCUGGUGUAUCAUUAUUAUGAGGCAGAGGUUGCUGGUGGGAGUGUGGGCGGAGCGAAAGGAUAUCGUAUGGUCAGUGUGGAGUUCUAUGAAGGACAAAAGGCGGAUGAUAAAAUUAUGAGUUCGAGUAUCUCGGCAUAUUCGAAUGAUACGCUCAACUACUCUGUGUAUGAGCAGGCAUAUGUGUUCCCGUCCGCUAUCACGGCUCUGGCCACAACUACGACCAAGUUUGGUAUAACUAGCAAGGAUCUCAUCGUUGCCACAGCGAACAGGAAGAUCCAGUCAUUCCCUAGGCGGAUCUUUGAUCCUCGGCGCCCAUCGCGCAAGAUGACAGCUGAAGAUCAGGAAGAGCUCCUCAUCCAGUACGACCCUCUGAUCCCCAACGAUCCGAAGAGGGCGCUAUCCCAUAACUACGACGUUGCAAACGUGCAAAAAAUUAUCACCGCUCCUGCUCUUCUCGAGUCGACUUCGCUCGUCUUCGCAUACGGCCUCGACAUGUUCCUCACGCGCGUGACACCGUCCAACACGUUCGACGUUUUGAGCGAGAGCUUUAACAAGGUGCAGCUUGUGCUUACAGUUACGGGUCUGUUGGUCGCGAUCUUGGUGACGAGACCGAUGGUGAAGAGGAAGAGCUUGAGGGAGAAAUGGUAUAAUUAA